AGUUAUGUUAAACAUAAAUUGUCAGGUUUUUAUGAAUACUUAAAAAAAAAUAUCAAAACGCGGUUUUCAGGGUCAAGUCGAUUAUUUUUAAUUAUGAUGUCUCAAAGUCCCAUGUUGUGAUAAGUUUUUCCUAGUAGUUCCCCUAAAUUUCUGUGGUUUAUUGAUUAAAAUUUAUCUUUAAUUAUAAUUUAUCUAAAUUAAUUGUGAAAAUGGCAGCAGUUUUUAAUGUAUUACGGAGUUUCCUAAAUAAUGAGGUGGCACCUGACAAAGUUAUAGAAGUAAAAACAGAUAAUUUUUCAUCAAGAAAGAUCCAUGUUCGUGAGGAUGCUCUGGUGUUAUAUUUGCCACCUGACAACCUUGGAAAAAAAGAUAAAAGUACUUAUGAAAUUAUACUGCACAGGCCUAUGACGGAAACCUCCCAUCAAAUAUUUAGCUUAUAUCGAUCCAAUCAGUUGGAACCAGCAGAAGUAAAAUUUAUUGUGUAUAAAGACAAAUUACCCACAUUAGUAGAAAUAUCAAAAGAUAUGUGUCAUGUGGCUGGUCUUCAAAAAAUAUGUGACACUCUCAAUGAGCACCCUACAUGGACAUUAGCCCACUUGGCUGCUUAUUUUUCUUUAUAUGAAUCAUUCACCAAUACCAAAAUCAGCAAUUUUCUCAACAGUACAGAUAGUGAAACUGGCAUUUCACCACUGCAAGUGGCAAUUUCUACUGGUAAUUUGAAGACAGUUCAGAUAUUAGUCAACCAGGGCUGUUCUCUAGAGCAUCUAGACAAAGAAGGAAAUUCUGUAUAUCAUUAUGCAGCAAGCAGCACCAAGGAAAUUAUUUCUGCAUUGACUCAAGGUACACCACCACCAUGUUUAAAUAUGAGAAAUAAAAAUGGGUACACACCCUUGCAUAUGGCCUGUUUAUCAGAUAAUUCGGACUGUGUAAGGGCAUUAUUACUAAUUGGGGCUGAUGUGAAUAAAACUGCUGGAAAUUCUGAAAAUGAUCAUAUAGAACCAGGUUACGUUGGGAAUUAUCUACAAGUAAGCCGUUCGAAUGUACUUUAUCAAAAAGACAUGAAAUUUGGGGGUACACCUUUACAUUGGUCCUUAUCUAGGCAAGUCAUAGAGGCUUUGGUGGAUAUGAAUUGUCAUAUUGAUUCGGUAAAUUUUGAAUUGAGAACACCUCUUCACAUGAUGGUGAUUAGAAAUCGUUUGGACUGCACCGUCGCUUUACUAAGCCGACAAGCAAAUCCAAAUUUGGGAGAUUGCAACGGUGAUCGACCGAUCCACUUGGCCGUCAAAGAAGGAAACCUCUCUAUAAUACAAUGUUUAAUAAUAUUUGGGGCAGAUUUGGAUGUUCUGAAUAAUGCUGGGGAAUCACCUAGGCAUUUGCUUACAAACGAUCAAGAACAAAGGCUCUUGUACUAUUUACAUGCUGUUGGUGCCAAACGUUGUCCAGCGGAUAUGAUUGGAUGUACUGAGGGCUGCAAAUUUAAUGGUUCCUUUGAUGGCAUUCCACCACCAGAAGUUUUGGGACCCACAAAUCGCGAAGCACUAAAUCAAAUGCUUUCUGUUGCAGCAAUGGAAGCAGCAGCAGCUAAGCAUCCAGAUGGCAAGUUUCCACAACAUGGUAGACUAUUGGCACUGGAUGGUGGUGGUAUUAGAGGUCUGAUUCUAGUUCAAAUGCUUCUUGAAUUGGAAACCAUAUUAAACAAGCCUAUUGGCAACUGUUUUGAUUGGAUUGCAGGAACCAGUACAGGAGGCAUUUUGGGCUUAGCUAUAGCAACUGGCAAAACAAUGCAAGAAUGUCUCUGCUUAUAUUUUCGUCUAAAGGAGCAAACAUUUGUUGGAAUGCGACCAUAUUCGAGUCAAGCCUUAGAAAAUAUUUUGAAGGACACGUUUGGCAUGGAAACAGUAAUGUCCGACAUAAAACAUCCCAAAAUUAUGAUUACUGGAGUUCUUGCCGACAGGAAACCCGUCGAUUUGCAUCUUUUUAGGAAUUAUAAGAGCGCUAGUGAAAUACUAGGUGUUAGUAUUGAUUCGCCUUUUAAGAAACCACCACCACCAAGUGAGCAAUUCGUAUGGGAAGUCGGCAGAGCAACAGGUGCUGCACCUACAUAUUUCCGUGCAUUUGGGAGGUAUCUAGACGGAGGACUAAUUGCUAACAAUCCAACACUGGAUGCUCUGACAGAAAUUCAUGAGCACUGUAUAGCUUUAAAAGCUGUUGGAAGAGAUGAAGAGGCAGCACCUGUCUCUGUGGUGGUUAGUUUGGGAACAGGUCAAAUACCUACCACACAAAUUAGAGAAACUGAUAGCUUUAAAUUUGAAAGUAUAUGGGACAGUGCUAAACUUGUUAUGGGAAUUUCUGGUUUAUUUGGUUUAAUUGUUGAUCAAGCAACCCAGUCAGAUGGCAGAGUAAUUGACAGGGCAAGAGCAUGGUGCUCAACUAUAGGAGUGCCAUAUUUUCGAUUUUCUCCCUUAAUGUCGGAAGAAGUUGCCAUGGAUGAAAAAGCUGAUGAAAAACUGUGUAAAAUGUUAUGGGAAACUAAAGCAUAUAUGCGCCAAAAUACACAUCUAAUGAUAGAAUUAGCAGAUAUACUCAAUAGGGGUUAGAUAUAAUUAAUACAAUUUCUAAAACACAUAAUUUUAAGUAAACAAAAUUAAAAUAAAUUAUAAUUAAUUGGGCUAUAAGUUGCACAUGACAAACAGCAAAGCCAAAAUCAAUAUCAAUAAGGUGUUUAAGUAAGAACUAAAAAUGAACAAAUUUAUUUAUAUUUUAGGUACUGUGAAACAAUAUUUACCUGUUACCUUUUUAAAUUAUUUUUAAGAUUUUUAGUCACAUUUUUAAAUCAAUUUUACACUAAUAUUUUUACACAUAAUAUUUUGUUUUGCGUGAUAUUUAUACAGGGUUUUUGUCUGUUAAUCUUGAAAGUUUUAUUUUUUAUUAUACACUUCAAGAAUGGCAUGACAAUAAUAACCAACAACCUAGUCUUAGGUAGGAAUGCUUUGUAGUUACAUUUAUAAUCAGUUAGUUUAUGCAUUAAUAAAUUAUUUAUGAAUGUUAAAUGUAA